GGUAUGGCCCCGUGCAGAGCGUCAAGAUGCUGCCAGGGGGCGGCGUGGGUGGCGAGGAGGGCGGCCCGGGCAUGUGUGCCACUGUGGCCUUUGUGGACAUUUGCGCUGCGGCCAAGGCACACAAAGCAGACAAUCGGCUGGAGGAUCGUUGCCUCAAGACCACUUACCACGAGGCGUCCCUCUCUGCCCUCUCCUCGCCCCAGUACACCCCGCCCAUACACCUGCACCGCGAGCCGCCCACUCACCCUUACACGCCCACACCACCGCCUGCGCCCAACCCCAACAACCCUGUACUAGCCGCCCGCAGCCCAAGGUUCUCUUCUGGGUAAGUACUACUCAUUCACCUGUACAGUCUUCAACAAUACCUUUACCAACAGGUGUCCAUAAUUACUACCUGUCAUUUGUAUCUCUUGAAUUAUUAUGUAUCUGUAGAGUUACUGUAGUGGACACCUUGUUGUGUGUCACGGGUCGCCAGUGCACACCUCACACAGUCCUUCCCGGUUCAUGUCACGGCCGCCCCCACAACACUCACUGCUUAGAAAGAAGAAGUACGUAUUUGAGUGCUGCCUCGUGUGUUAUAGAGAGAGAACUAUUAUCCCACACGGCUGGCCACGGUGGAUCACGGUUGUAACCCUCCCCACUUCCAUCCCCCGAGCUGGCCGGCCCCAGUCCAGUGUGAAGCGCGACACUCACAUCAAGAUACAGUGUUAACAAGUGCUCAAAAGUGAAAAAUGUGUGUGUGUGUGUGUGAAGUAAAGAUGGUGUUAAGAAAGAACCUCAGUGGCUUGUGAAUACCCAUUGGAAGUGUCGUGUAAAUAAUAAAAAAAAAUAAAUAGUGGAUAGAAAUGUUAAAUGGCGGUGCUUAUUGCCAUUUCUGUUAGGCGUCGAUAUAGAGGAUUAAAUUAUGGAUGUACCGUAUCGUAGGAUGAAGCAGCGCCCCGGGAUCCUGGGAUAUACAGCAAGUAAAGGAUUAUGCCAAGACUCUCCUUCACCGUCCCGGGACACCUUACUCCAGCUGUCACUUUAUUAACCAACUACCAGCGCUAGUGAUGGUGUGUAGUGAUCAGUUACAAGUGAAAUGAUUCUUUAUUUAUUUUUUAUUUUUACCUACUGAAGCUUAAUGGUGCAGUGUUCUCAAGUGGUACAGUGGCUAAAUGUUGGUGCCCGCCUCUAUAGCUGUGAUGUAUGUGCUUAUGGUGUUGUGUAUAUAAAUCUAGGUUAGUUAUCACCAUGGCCGGGAGAUACGUGUGCUGGCCUGGCCAAGAAGACAAUAUACAUCAACCGUGGUGGUCAGCCGUGUGGAAGUGUGCUUAACCCAGGAUUAAGUCGGCAGUAAGCAAGAUGCGGGAUUACGGUGGUGGUGGUGGUGGUCAGAUGUAAGGUAGGUCUCAGGAUGGACUGUGGACACUGGCCUGCACUGGUGAACUGUGAACACCUUAUAUAUAUUAUGUGUUUAUAUACUGUAUCAUGUAUAAUAUAUGUAUGUGUGUUUAUUCACCAAUUUGGUCUUCACGAAAGGACUUUAUUGGAAGGUGUCAUGAAGAAGAAAACGAUGUGGUUAUUAUUAUUUUUUUUUACUACCAGUUGUACCGUUAUAGAGAGAUUAAAGAGAGUUUCUGUUCGUGUAAGAUUUGUUGAAUUAACUCUGGCGUGUGUGAGUGAAAGUGCUGUGAAAUAUUAGAACUUGACAUGGGAAGUAACGGCAAUGGUGUUGACGAUUGGUUAGGGGUGGCAGAUAACGCGGGCCCCCGUGUAGUCCUAAUAGGCCCUCAUGUAGUCCUAAUAGGCCCUCAUGUAGUCCUAAUAGGCCCUCAUGUAGUCCUAAUAGGCCCUCAUGUAGUCCUAAUAGGCUA